CCGCCGCCCGGCGGCCGCGCCGCCUCCUCCCGGGCGCUGGGCGAGUACGAGGAAGUUUUCAGGUCCUCCGUGAGGGAGCCCGAGAAGGUGUGGGGAGCUGCCGCCGAGCAGAUCCAGUGGUACAAGCCCUGGGCCCGGGUGCUGGAGAGGGGCCGCCCGGGGAGCGCCUCCUGGUUUGUAGGUGGAGAGCUGAAUAUCUGUUACAAUGCUGUAGAUCGUCAUGUUGAGAAUGGACGAGGAGACCAAAUUGCCAUUAUUUAUGACAGUCCUGUAACAAAUACCAAGGAGAAAAUAACAUAUAAGGAACUUCUUGAACAGGUCUCCAAGUUAGCUGAUGUCAUGGUCAGACAUGGUGUGAAGAAAGGAGAUCGUGUGGUCAUCUACAUGCCUAUGAUUCCACAGACAGUGUACUGUAUGCUGGCUUGUGCAAGAAUAGGAGCCAUCCAUAGCCUGAUUUUUGGUGGAUUUGCGUCUAAAGAGCUUUCUGUUCGCAUUGAUCAUGCAAAGCCCAAACUUAUUGUAACAGCAAGUUUUGGAGUAGAACCAAAAAGGAAAGUGGAAUACAUAUCCCUCCUCGAUGGAGCACUGGCAAGGGCACAGAGCAAACCUGAUAAAGUUCUCAUUUACAAGCGACCUAAUUUGGGCCAUGUUCCUCUUGCCCCAGGUCGCGAUCUUGACUGGGAAGAAGAGCUUGCAAAAGCACAGUGUUAUAAAUGUGUCUCCGUUCCCUCAGACCAUCCACUUUAUAUUCUGUAUACAUCUGGAACAACAGGCUUGCCCAAGGGUGUUGUCAGACCAACAGGUGGCUGCACAGUUAUGCUGAACUGGACAAUGUCGGCUGUAUAUGGACUCAAACCUGGUGAGGUGUGGUGGGCAGCUUCUGAUUUAGGCUGGGUUGUUGGUCAUUCCUACAUUUGCUAUGGGCCUCUCCUUCAUGGGAAUACUACAGUUUUGUAUGAGGGGAAGCCUGUGGGAACGCCAGAUGCUGGUGCCUAUUUCCGCGUGCUAGCAGAGCAUGAAGUAGCUGCCUUCUUUACUUCACCAACUGCAAUUAGAGCAAUCCGUCAGCAGGACCCUGAGGGAGCCUUGGGAAAGCAGUACUCUCUGAAAAGGUUCAGAACGUUAUUUGUAGCUGGUGAGCACUGUGAUGUGGACACGCUAGAAUGGUCAAAAAAGAUCUUCAAGGUACCUGUCUUGGACCACUGGUGGCAAACUGAAUCUGGUUCUGCAAUUACUGCUUCCUGUAUUGGUUUGGGGAACUCUACAACACCUCCACCUGGACAGGCAGGAAAACCAGUGCCAGGAUACAAUGUGAUGAUUCUGGAUGAAAAUAAGGAACCAGUGAAGGCGAAGACUUUGGGAAAUAUUGUGGUAAAGUUGCCUUUGCCUCCUGGAGCAUUCUCAGGUCUUUGGGAAAAUCAGGAAGUGUUCCAGAAGUUGUAUUUCCAAAAAUUUCCAGGAUAUUAUGAUACCAUGGAUGCAGGUUAUAUGGAUGAAGAUGGCUAUUUAUACGUCCUGUCUCGAGCUGAUGAUGUGAUCAAUGUUGCCGGACACAGAAUUUCAGCAGGCGCAAUUGAAGAGUGUGUUCUCCUCCAUCACGCUGUGGCAGACUGUGCUGUUGUGGGCCAGGAGGAUGCUUUAAAAGGACAUGUUCCAUUUGCGCUGUGUGUACUGAGAGAAGGUGUAAAGACAGAAGAGGAGAAGAUUUUGGAAGAGGUUGUUGAGCAAGUUCGAACUAACAUUGGUCCAGUAGCAGCUUUCCAGAAGGGGGUGUUUGUGAAACAGCUACCGAAAACACGCUCUGGCAAGAUACCACGUUCAGCUCUUUCUGCACUUGUCAGUGGAAAGCCCUAUAAGAUAACACCGACCAUUGAAGAUGCUAGUGUGUUCAAACACAUUGAAGAAGUGCUAAAGAAAAAUUAAAUGGGAUAAUAACGUUGAUAACAAAGGUGUCAGUUACUGAAGUUAAAGAGACUUUCUGUUAGGAAAUAC